AUGAUUAACAAAGACAGCCUGGAAAAAUGCAAGCAAGGUGUUAAAAUUGUCGACUGUUCCAGAGGUGGAAUAAUAAACGGUGCCGAUCUCCUUGACGCACUGGAUUCCGGCAGAGUUGGUGGUGCCGCCCUUGACGUAUUUGAAAAGGAACCGCCAGAAAAUCUGGCACUAAUCAAUCGCCAGAACGUUAUCUGUACUCCACACAUUGCAGGAAAUACUGAUGAAGCUCAGAAAAAAAUCGCUGAGGACAUUGCGAGUAAAAUAAUUGCAAUGAACGACUGA